AUGCCAGGAUUAACCACUGACCAACUAGAAACAUUCCAAAGAGAAGGUCUCCUAUGUAUCCCCGAUUUUCUCACACCAGAUCAAACAACCCAGCUUGUGAGCCAUGCCAAGGAAUUACUUGCUCAAUGCGAUUUAUCCAAACAUCCACGAACCCAAUUCAAAACUGAUGACAACGACCAUAUAGGUGAUGCAUACUUUUUUGAUUCCUCCGACAAGAUCUCGUUUUUCUUUGAUACUGAUGCGUUUGACGAUUCUGGAAAUUUAAAGUUUCCCUUGGAUAAAGCCAUCAAUAAAAUAGGUCACGGAUUGCAUAUUCAUGAUGCGGUAUUUCAUGAUGUCACAUUUGACCAGCGAGUCAAGGACAUUGCCAGAAGUUUGCAAUAUGUUGAUCCGAAGGUUUUACAAAGCAUGUUGAUUUUCAAACAGCCAACAAGUCAAGAGGAAAGUGAACGAGACAAUGCCGUUCCUCCCCACACCGAUGCUACUUUUUUGUACACUACCCCUCAAUCAGCUAUUGGGUUUUGGUUUGCCUUGGAGGAUUGCACAAUCGAGAAUGGAUGUUUGUCAUAUAGCCCUGCGACUCAUUUGACUCACGAUAUAACUAAACGGUUUGUUAAGAUUGAACAAGGUAGGAAAGGAUGUGGAUUUGUGAAAGUGGAUGGAGAGGAGAAACCAGAUGACGGUGAGUACAAGCUUGUUCCUUGCAAAGCGGGAUCACUUGUUCUUAUACAUAAUUCAGUAUUGCACAAAUCUGAAAAGAAUAGGUCGGACAAGUCACGAUAUGCGUAUGCAUUUCAUGUGAUUGACGGCACUGCCAAAUAUGACGAAUUGAAUUGGUUACAGGUGCCACCCACAUCCAAGAAUGGCACAGAAUUUACAAAAUUGUAUCAUGAAAACUAA